AUGGCACCACUGUGGCUUCAUUCCGCCUCGGUUCUGGUUUUAUUGGUCAUGUCAUGGCCGUGUACCAGAGCCCUUUCUUCACAACAUCUGUGUGGCCCUCAUCUGGUUGAGGCCCUCAAUAUGGUCUGUGGAGACAGAGGGUUUUUCACUAGCUCCAGGAGGGAUAUUGACUCUGUGCUACGUAUCAUACCACCAAAGACUGAUGAGGCAGCAGCAACAGGCGAUGUCAACGAGAUUGUGGGGUACGCCUUCAAGAAACAAAUGGACAUGAUGAUGAAGCGUGACGGCAUUGUAGAACAGUGCUGUCACCAGCCGUGUAGCAUGCUGGUCCUCGAUAAAUACUGCAACUAA